AUUGGAAGAGUGUCAAACCUGUCCAUCUGUCAGCUUCCACUAGAAAAAGUCCUAGCCAAAAUCAGAGUUUUCAGUCCAAAAGGGACUACCCACUGCCUCCCUUGCGCCUUUCCACAGAUGAACAUGCUGAGGAGCAUAGUGGUGAAGUGUUGAAGAGGACCCAGAAGAGCCAGAAGCAUUUCUAGAAAUGGAGGAAGAUUCCGAGGACGCCCCAGCCAGUCACUUGUACUCAGCACCCAACUCCUGCAGGGGCCGCUGCCAUGAAGCCUUCGACAAGCACCACCCGUGCCACUGCAAUGCCCGCUGCCCUGAGUUUGGGAACUGCUGCACGGAUUUCGAGCAUCUGUGUGCUCAUGAGGGCUUCUCCCGCAGCAGUGACGCCAUAACCAAGGAGGAGCUGCAGAGCAUCUCUGAGAAGAUCUACCAGGCGGAUGUCAACAAGGCCCAGAAGGAAGACAUCAUUCUCAACAGCCAGAACCGAAUCUCCCCCUCAGAGACUGGGGACCAAGUGGACCGUUGCCCAGAGCCGCUCUUCACCUAUGUCAACGAGAAGCUGUUCUCCAAGCCAACCUAUGCAGCCUUCAUCAACCUCCUCAACAACUACCAGCGAGCAACUGGCCGUGGGGAACAUUUCAAUAGCCAGCAGCUGGCCGAGCAGGACACCUUCCUCACCGAGGUCAUGAAGACAGCCGUCAUGAAGGAACUCUACAGCUUCCUCCAUCACCAGAACCGCUACAGCUCAGAAAAAGAAUUUGUCAACGACUUGAAGAACAUGUGGUUCGGGCUCUAUUCAAGAGGAAGCGAAGAGGCAGAUUCGAGUGGCUUUGAACACGUCUUCUCAGGUGAAGUCAAAAAAGGCAAGGUCACCGGCUUCCAUAACUGGAUCCGCUUCUACAUGCAGGAGAAGGAAGGCCUGGUCGACUAUUACAGCCAUAUCUACGAUGGACCUUGGGACUCCUACCCUGAUGUGCUAGCCAUGCAGUUCAACUGGGACGGCUACUAUAAGGAAGUGGGUUCAGCUUUCAUCGGCAGCAGCCCUGAAUUUGAGUUUGCACUCUACUCUCUGUGCUUUAUUGCCAGGCCAGGCAAAGAGUGCCGGUUAAGCCUGGGUGGAUAUCCCUUGGCCAUCCAGACCUACACCUGGGACAAGACUACCUAUGGAAAUGGCAAGAAGUACAUCGCCACCGCCUAUGUGGUGUCUUCCACCCAAUAGAGCUUUGAGUGAGAUAAGAGCAUAAGGGGAAGAAGAGCUUUGGCAGGACUAAUAUGCUACGUGCUCUAGGCUGGAGAGGAAAUAGAGACAUUAGAAGGGAUUCCCAAGCCCAGAAAUGCCCAUGUGGGAAAGAGAAAAAAAGAGACAAAAUUAGGAAAAUGCAGAGAAACAGUCAAAUCUUUGUCCUCGAGCAUUUUGGCAACAAAGAUUAAGAAACAGGGUCCAGAUAGAGGAGAUAGGAGCCCGAGUUAGUUUUCUGCCCUGAUGGGAAGUGGAACCAUAAAAUAAGUCCUUGACCCUGUGGGCCUCAUGUUUCCUUUUAAUAUAAAGAGAAGGUUUGGCCCCUUUCUUUUUGGGGAGAGGGCAAACCUGAUGCUAUUACUGUGAAAACAUUUUCAAUUGUUCUUAGGAAGUAUGGCUGGUAGAAAUUUAAAAUUGCUAUAAUGGCUGCUAUUGUCCACACCUUGGCAAGCUGCAAUUUAGCCCUGUGUGGAGCUCAAAGAAAUCAGGCCUUGGAAAUCAAAGAGUGGGUAUUUGGUCUAUUCUGGGGUCAGAUCUUCUCAGAACAGGGUCAUGGAACUCCGGUGCUAAAUGAAGGGGGUCAUGGGCUGGAGGGAAUGGACUUCUCCAGGCCUGCUCAGCAAAUGAAUCAGAAAUAGCAAGGAUGGGAUAAUGGGAUAAUAAAAUAAUGGUACUUCAAUAACAAUUUAAGAAAAAGAAAUAACAGAUACAUUCAGUAUUGGUUCUUGAACUUUAAGAACUUCUACUUAAGAAUAUCUCAGCUUCCAGAUGAUUAUUAGAUAGCUUAGAAUAAAUCAUUAAAAAUAAACACAAUAUUUUAAUGAAAAAAAAAAAAGAAGCCCCCACUUGUAGAUGUUUAGUGUGGUUACAGAGCUAUAGAGGAAUUGCCCUCAUGGGAGGAAGGUUUUGAAUCAGAAAUAAAAAGGAACUUAUAGCUUGGUGUAUGAACAUUAAUUAUCUUAAGGUUUAUGUAGCAGCCAUAAUUUAAAUAAACCCUAUAAAAAAAGACUAGGGACAGUGGAACUUUUUCUCAAGCUCAAUUGUGCAUUUCUCCCCUGACCCCAAUGGGACAUUGUCCUGCAGAGCCAGGCUUGAACUAUGGUUUAGAGGGUUCAAGUCUCCAAUUAAAGUCAUUUAAGCAAACUUGAAAUACAUCUCUUCUUAGUGUAUAGCCUCCUCAACUGUCUGUCUCCCUGCCUUUUUCCUGGAGCAGGGCUAGGGGUGAUACUUCUAGCUCAGUGUCUCUUCAGUUGACUUGCUUGAAGAAGGCG